AAACCUGUCGAAGUGUAACAAUCAUGUUGUUGAAUACUUUCUGAUUAGGUCGAACUUUGAGCACCGAAAGACAAAGCUAUCGCUUGCCGUGCGUUGCAGCAUUAUCAUCAGAUUUACACACCAGGAGGGAAUUGCCACUUGAAACUUGCCUCGCCUGUGUUCAGUUUUCAUAAAAAUGAGAGAAAUUGUUCACGUCCAGGCAGGACAAUGUGGAAACCAAAUAGGGUCAAAGUUCUGGUCCGUAAUAUCAGAUGAACAUGGGAUAAAUCCAGUAGGAGAGUACUGUGGAGAGUCCAGUCUUCAGCAGGACAAAAUAGGCGUGUAUUUCGACGAGGUAGCAGGUGGACGAUACGUUCCACGAGCUAUCCUAGUUGACUUAGAGCCCGGUGUUUUGGAUUCGAUUCGAUCUGGAUCAAUUGGACAACUGUUCAGACCUGACAAUUUCAUUUUUGGAAAUAAUGGGGCAAGCAACAACUGGGCGAAGGGCUUCUACACGGAUGGUGCCGAGCUCAUCGAUACCGUGUUGGACGUCAUCAGGAAAGAAGCGGAAUCCUGUGAUUGUGUGCAGGGAUUUCAGCUUACUCAUUCUCUAGGAGGAGGCACGGGAUCGGGAUUGGGAACCUUGCUGCUUUCUAAGCUUAAGGAAGAAUACCCUGAUCGGAUUCUAUCCUCAUUUUCAGUGUUUCCUUCGCCAAUGGUUUCUGAUACUGUGGUCGAGCCAUAUAAUGCAACAUUAUCAGUGCACCAGUUACUAGAGAACACGGAUGAAACUUUCUGCAUCGACAACGAGGCCCUCUACAACAUUUGUUUUCAAACCCUAAAACUUCAAAAACCGGUAAAUGAUGACCUGAACAAGCUCGUGUCUUCUACCAUGUCCGGUGUGACUACUUGUCUUCGGUUUCCUGGUCAGUUAAAUGCUGAUCUUAGAAAACUUGCAGUAAAUAUGGUUCCUUUUCCUCGUUUACAUUUCUUCAUGCCAGGAUUUAGCCCACUCGUCGCCAAAGGGAGCCAGGCAUAUAGUACUUUGAAUGUUCAAGAGCUUACCCAACAGAUGUUUAAUGUUCGAAACAUAAUGACUGCAUGCGAUCCCCGCCACGGGAAGUACCUCACUGCAGCGGCAAUGUUCAGGGGCAUGGUAAGCAUGAAAGAAGUGGAAGAACAGAUUUUAUCGAUGCACACCAAAAACAGCAGCUACUUUGUCGAAUGGAUUCCUAACAAUAUAAAGGUUGCAGUCUGUGACAUUCCACCAAGAGGCUUGAAAAUGUCAGGCACUUUUAUUGGAAAUUCAACGGCCAUAUUAGAAGUAUUUAAGAGAAUCGGGAACCUCUUCAGUGGUAUGGAUACACGUUUAUUAUGUAACAUAUUUACUCUUCAAAAGACAUUUAAGAAGUACACUACUGCACGCAGAACUAUAUUAGAUUCAGAAGCUUAUAGCAGAGAAUAACUAUAGUUGCUGUGU